AUGGUACAAGAGGAUAAGGAGAAGACAACCUUUGUAACACCAUGGGAAACCUUUUGCUACAAAGUCAUGCCUUUUGGUUUAAAGAAUACCGGGGCCACCUACCAAAAGGCUAUGUGUUCGUUCGGGGUGAAAUCUGGGAAGUUGUUGGGAUUUGUGGUGAGUGACAAAGGGAUAGAAGUUGAUCCCAACAAAGUAAAAGCUAUUCAAUCUAUGCCACCUCCCAAGACUGAGAAGGAUGUGAGAGGUUUCAUAGGAAGGAAGAAGAACCCAGGAAUUUGGAAUGAAGAGUGCGAAGAGGCCUUUGAGAAUAUCAAGCAAUACUUAUUGAAUCCAUCCUUGCUUGUUCCUCCUGUACCAGAAAGGCCAUUGAUAUUGUACCUAACAGUAACAAAAAUAGCAAUGCCAUUGAUAUUGUACCUAACAGUAACAAAAAUAGCAAUGGGAUGUGUGUUUGGGCAACACGAUGAAACCGGAAGGAAGGACAGGGCCAUUUAUUACCUGAGCAAGAAGUUCACGGAAUACUCGUUGAGGUACAUUUGUGAAAAGCCCUAUUUAUCAAGCCGAAUUGCAAGAUGGCAAGUUCUAUUAGCUGAGUAUGACAUAGUAUAUAUGACAAGGAAAGUCGUAAAAGGGAGUGUUAUUGCCGAUCACUUGGUUGACCAUGCUAUGGAAGAUUAUGAGUCAUUAGACUUUGACUUUCCUAAUGAAGAUGUGCUUGCAAUCGAGGAAGAGAAAUCAGAUUGGUGGAUUAUGUACUUUGAUGGUGCUAUAAAUGUAUGUGGUAAUGGAGCAGGUACGGUGAUAAUCUCUCCUGAUAGGAAGCAGUAUCCAGUUUCAGUUAAGCUGCAGUUCGGGUACACCAACAACACGGCUGAGUAUGAAGCUUGUAUUCUUGGCUUAGAGGUUGCAUUAGAGCUAAACAUCAGAAAGAUAGAUAUGUAUGGAGACUCAAUACUGAUCAUUUGCCAAGAAAUAGAGUUCACCCAUCUAGGAAGGGAAGGAAAUCAGUUUGCAGAUGCUUUGGCUACACUAACAUCUAUGGCCAAAAUAGACUUUGGGCACAAGGUACAACCAGUACACAUCAAUAUCAGAAAUAACCCAACUCAUUGUUGCUUAGUCGAAAGAGAAGUGGAUGGAAACCCUUGGUACUAUGAUGUCAAGAGUUUCAUCCAAAACCAGGCAUAUCCUAUGAAGGCAUCCGAGAUCGACAAGAAGACCUUAAGGAGGUUGGCAACAGAUUUUUAUCUUGAUAAGAAGAUCUUGUAUAAGAAAUCAUUCGACGAGACUUUGUUGAGAUGUUUGGAUGAAUUUGAGGCAAAAGGCGUGUUACGAGAAGUCCAUGAAGGAAUUUGCUCAACCCAUGCUAAUGGACACGUGAUGGCUAGGAAGAUACAAAGAGCCGGUUACUUCUGGAUGACAUUAGAGAAAGAUUGCAUUAACUAA